AUGUACUAUGCCAGGUACAUCGAGAGGCUCAGUGAGCAGCAAAAGCACAAUCUCGACAUCAGACCCCUCCAAGAGAGUCUGGCACAGAAGUACAGUAGCAAGUUUGGGAUGCCAUUCACCGGACGUCUGCAUCUCUUCGUUCCAUUCAUUCCCUUCUCACCCUCUGAGUGCGCGGUUGUACUUCACAGGUUCAUGCUGGAAUACGCGACCAGCAUCCGCCAACCAAGCGAUCAUAAUCCUAGCGUCAUCCGCUACAUCGGACAUUGUAAACUAUCACUUAUUGACGACGGCAAGAUAUGCACUGCCUUGACUGACGAGUACUAUAGUAAGGAUUUUGGCGUGCGAAGCUUAGACAACGCUGCUAGGGAGAUCAGGGACGAACUUGCUGACAAGUCCAGCGAGACCAACGUCCUUGCCACGGAAUAUCUCAACAACGGACCUCUUAAGACGUCCAUCGUGCGUCGAUUCCUUAUUGCAGAUGAUGUGUAUGAAGUUGGAGUGUUCACGGAUGGAACGAGUGGUGAGGAGGAGGCAGAUAGUGAAUAA